CGGGUCUCUCCAACAGCGACGACAGUUUGCCUCAGACCAUCGAGGUCUCCACUCCUGGGACUGGAAUCUCACCAUCAUGAAAGAAAUUUACGAAGGAAAUUUGGAAUUUGCGGUGGAGUUUGCCCACGACGAGAACCUAUUGAAGAGCCACGGGAAUGUGUCUCACCUGUCGGAAUUCUUGGCCCUGCUCACCUUGAAAACGGGUGAGAACCAGACCGAAGACUUUCAUAUUCUACACGAGAAACUGAUGCAGCUCAAGUUGGAAUCGCAUCAACUGGAUGCCAAUUUCCACUCACCCGAUUACUACGCCCAAAAGGAGGAGCUAAUCUUCAAGGUCGUGUGCGAAAUGAAGGGUAUUGACCACGACAAGUGGCUGCGAGAAGAGCAGGGAUUUGGGGAGCCAGCCACACCGUUUGGGGAUUUUGUCCAGGAUGAGUUUGUCUGUGAUGAUUUUGAUAACGCUUGAGGAAUUGUCAUAGAUUUGGUAAAGCCUUAUUGAGCUCAAAGCAGCCUUUGCUUAUUUUAAUAAACUUUGUAAGCUUUCACUUUCACAUUAAUGGUGAGAAUUAAGAUUAAAGAUUAUGCUUUUUUAAGUAAAUGAAUAUUCA